CUCCCACCUCUGUUUCUUAGAUUCGGCCCGCGGGCGAGCACAGACAAAACCCCGCACUUUUAGCGUUCUCUCGCGCAUUUCGUUUCUUGGUGGGGUGGGUGGGAGUGGGACUGGAAGAGGAAGAGCGCGUGCAGCUUCUGGUUCCUGUUUCCCGUUUCCGUUCCCUCCCGCUUAAAAUCUUCAAAACUGCCGAGAUUGAAGGUUUCCUCUUUGUCCCCAAGAAGCGAGAGGGGAAAGGCGUUUCAUUUGGGGGAAGGACGAAGGAGGGCGGCCGCCGGCCAGCGCCAGGCCCCAACCAUGGGGAAGCCCCCGGGGGCCAGGAAUCCGGCGGAGGCGGAGGCCGAUGGCGACGACGCGGUGUUCCUCGAGCUGUCGCGGGAGCUCAAGGAGGAGGGCACGCGGCUGUUCAACAGGCGGGACUUCGAGGGCGCGGCGUUCAAGUACGACAAGGCGGUCCAGCUGCUCCCCGCCGGGCGGCGCGUCGAGGCGGCGCACCUCCGGGCCAGCAUCGCGCACUGCUACAUGCGCAUGAGCCCCGCGGAGUUCCACCACGCCAUCCACGAGUGCAACCUCGCGCUGGAGGCGGUGCCCAGGUACAGCAGGGCGUUGCUCCGCCGGGCCGCCUGCUUCGAGGCGCUGGGCAGGCCCGACCUGGCGUGGGGGGACAUCCGGACGGUGCUGCGUUGGGAGCCCGGCAACCGCGCCGCGCGCCAGAUCUCGGACAGGGUGCGUACGGCAUUGGAGGAUAAGGGUAUCUCGGUUGCCUUGGAUGUGCUGCCAGAGGAUGAGAAUGAGAUUGCUAGCGCCAAAGGAGAGGAGAGGAAGAAAUCUCGUAAUAAGCGUUUUGAUUCGGUUGCGGGGGGGCGGGAGGGUGAAAAUGGUAUUGCGCUACUAGAAUCUGCUUCCACGGAGAAGCAGGCUGGCCCGAGACAAACAAAUGGAACAGGGAAUCAUCAGGAUCAUACUGAAGAUAGUGAAUCCAAUGGUCUCGAGAAGCUAGAACAAAGUACUGAGACGGGAGAGAAGGACAUGGGCAAAAAGCGAGGUGCACACGCUGCUGGAAAGAAACCGAGGUGUGGUGAGAGCAAGCAGCAAAAGCAUUCUGCAGUGAAUCAUUGUCAGGACAACAUUGGUGCCAAGGAGGAAGUCAUGAAGGAUGUGAAGCUGGUCUUUGGAGAGGACAUCAGGUGUGCUCAGAUGCCAGCUAACUGCUCUCUGCCACAAUUGAGAGAAAUAGUUCAGAACAAAUUCCCGUCACUGAAAGCGUUUCUGAUCAAGUAUAAAGACAAAGAAGAAGACUUGGUGACGAUAACCUUGUCUGAGGAGCUAAGCUGGGCAAGCAAUCUGGCAGUUUCGCAAGUGCCAAUCCGAUUCUAUGUUGUAGAGGUUAAUCAUGUUCAAGAGCUUGGUGUGGAUGGGGUCAGGAGACGUCCUUCCUUUGCCACGUUAGAGAGAAAUCGUGAUAUCAUGUUGGAUAAUGGGACCAUUGGGCAUGAUGUUGAGCAUAAGCAUUACGCUGAUGACUGGAUGGUACAGUUUGCACAGAUAUUUAAGAAUCAUGUUGGUUUUAGUUCUGAUGCAUAUCUGGAUCUCCAUGACCUUGGCCUGAGACUGCACUAUGAGGCUAUGGAAGACACAAUACAAAGAGAAGAGGCACAGGAAAUAUUUGAGGUUGCAGAGUCCAAAUUUAAGGAGAUGGCAGCACUGGCAUUGUUUAACUGCGGCAAUGUCCACAUGUCUCGUGCAAGAAGAAGGCCAUGCUUGGCUGAAGAUCCUUUACAGGAAUUUAUACUUGAGAAAGUCAAUGUUUCAUAUGAUUGGGCAUGCACAGAAUAUGCCAAAGCUGGUGCAAUGUUUGAAGAAGCUGUCAAAACUAAAUCUGACUUUUUUGAAGGACUUAUUGCUCUUGGCCAACAGAAAUUCGAGCAGGCCAAACUCUCUUGGUAUUACGCUCUUGCAUGCAAGAUAAAUAUGGAAACUGAAGUUUUGGAGUUGUUCAACCACGCAGAGGAUAAUAUGGAGAAGGGAAUGGAUAUGUGGGAAAGAAUGGAGACAUUGCGCUUGAAGGGACUGUCUAAACCAAGUAAAGAGAAGGUUGUACUUGAGAAGAUGGUCUUAGAAGGUUUUGUGAAGGAUAUAUCAGCAGAUGAAGCAUUUGAACAGGCUUCAAGCAUACGAUCACAUAUAAAUAUCUUGUGGGGAACCAUCCUCUAUGAACGUUCAGUAGUUGAAUUCAAUCUGGGACUUCCCAGCUGGGAGGAGUCACUGACUGUUGCCAUGGAAAAAUUUAAGAUCGGAGGUGCCUCUCAAGCUGACAUCAAUGUGAUUGUAAAGAACCAUUGUGCUAAUGAAACCACCCAAGAAGGACUCAGUUUCAAGGUUGAGGAGAUAGUUCAGGCAUGGAGUGAAAUGCAUGAUGCUAAAAAUUGGAGAAGUGGACCCCUGUAUUUCCGGCUUCAACCAGUAUUCCGACGUAGAGCUCCAAAGUUGCAUCAUAUACUAGAGCAUAUGCACUAUGCAUAACUCCUAACUACUAUUGUAUCAGAUUUGUUCAUCUUAGAAGCUUUGUUGCACUUACUCAUGGAAAAAAGGAAUAAACGGAAAAGAAAAGCGAUAAUCUAUGCAUUAUCAAGUUAUAGAUUUGCUCAAUCUAAGAAGAAAAAAAAAAGAUUCGCUGACUCUUGUGGUUGGCUGACCAUGUAGAUUGCAUUUUGCUGUAAAGUUUACUGGGUUCCUAAUCAUCUAUGUAGUAGGUGGCGUUAUAUAUCCUCUCUCAAGGGAUAUUUUGCAUAGUGCUACACUUCCUUCUGUUUUACUUGUGGAAGUGCUAAAAUAGGGUUUGUACUCUUAGGUCGCUAUAGGAAUGGUAGGCUCAUGUAUUUUACUUGGAGGGUUUAUUAGUAGGUCUCAUCUAAAGUAUGUUACACUUUAGCGACACGUGGAUACUUGAUGUGUUCAAAACAGUUGUUGUAACUUGUAGCACAGAUGCUAGAGCAUAGUGCUUUUUAAAAUUGUUCUUAACAUACUGUAUGUUUUUAUUGUCAA